AUGGGCAUGGAUCUUGGGGUCCCCAUAGUGGCUCUCUCCAUGGGGUGCCGGGAGACGGCGUUCAUCUUCGCCAUCACCAGCGCGGGGGUGACGCACUCGGUCGCCCGCUCCUGCUCCGAGGGCUCCAUCGAAUCCUGCACCUGCGAUUACCGACGCCGAGGCCCCGGGGGCCCCGAUUGGCACUGGGGGGGCUGCAGCGAUAACAUCGAUUUCGGGCGCCUCUUCGGGAGGGAGUUCGUGGAUUCCAGCGAGAAGGGCCGAGAUCUGCGCUUCCUCAUGAACCUGCACAACAACGAGGCCGGGCGCAUGGGGUCCCCACUCUUUGCCCCGUAG